GCAAGGCAAGGUGAUCCCAACAUCCUCUGAGAGGGAGAGGAAGAGAGAGGAGGGGGAGGAAGGAGCGAUCCUAUUUCUCACUUCCAGUUCUGUCCUUCCGUAUCCAGGCUGGGGGUUUUCAUCCAGCCUGAUGUUCAGAAGAGGCUGGACUGACCGAGCCUCCGUGCUGCUGCUUUAGGACAAUCUGAGAAGCCCAAUAAUGAAUUCAGCCGAGCAGACGGUAACGUGGCUUAUUACACUGGGGGUCCUGGAGUCCCCCAAGAAAAGCGUGGCGGAUCCAGAAGCUUUCCUCCAGGCGUCUCUGCAGGAUGGCGUGGUGCUGUGCAGACUGCUGGAGCGACUCAGACCCGGGACGGUGGACAAAUUUUUCCAGGAACCGAGGAGCGACAGCGAGAGCCAGAGGAACAUUGCGGAGUUUCUAAAAGGCUGCGGGGCUUUCGCCGUGGAGCCUUUUGAAGUGGGCGACCUCCUGCAGGGACUGAACUUUUCCAAAGUGCUGAACUCAUUAGUUGCUCUGAACAAAGCCACUGAAGAUUCGGGCGUCUCUGGAGACGGCGCAUGUGUGCCGCACUCCUCAAACUUAAGGAUCAAAUCGUUUGACUCUCUGAACACCCAAAGUCGCUCGUCUAAGCUGCAGCAGCCUCAGUACCGCAGCCUGGACAUGUCCGAUGGCAGCGUGUGCGGCCAGACGCUGGUCAAAGCGCGCUUUCCCUUCCAGCCGACCAACGAGGACGAGCUCUCCUUCUCCAAGGGUGACAUCAUCUGCGUUACCAAGCAGGUGGAGGGGGGCUGGUGGGAGGGCUCGCUGAACGGCAAGACUGGGUGGUUCCCCAGUAACUAUGUGCGGGAGCUGAAAGGAAGCGACAAAACUACAGACAAGCCAAAGUGUGGGACUCUGAAAAGUCCACCUAAAGGUUUGGACAUCAACAUCAUCUCUAAGACCUAUUAUAAUGUGGUCCUGCAGAACAUCCUGGAGGCAGAGAGUGAAUAUUCAAGGGAGCUACAGAGCCUCCUGGGGACAUACCUUCGCUCUCUUCACCCCACAGACAGACUCAGCAGUGUUGACAUCGGUCAUGUUCAGGGAAAUCUGGAGGAGAUCUCAACCUUUCAGCAGAUGCUCGUUCAGUCUUUGGACGAACAGACAAAACUUCCUGAGAGCAAACAGAGAAUUGGAGGUUUCUUUCUAAACCUGAUCCCUCAGAUGAAGGUCAAAUAUGUGGCUUACUGCUCCAACCACCCGUCUGCGGUCAGCGUGCUCACUCAACACAGCGAGGAUCUCGGUGAAUACAUGGAGGCAAAGGGAGCGUCCAGUCCGGGCAUCUUGACACUGACGACUAGUCUGAGUAAACCCUUCACCAGGAUGGAAAGGUACCCGGCGCUGCUGAAGGAGCUGGACAGACAUAUGGAGGAACAACACCCUGACCGGACCGACCUCAAUGCCGCCAUGACGGCCUUCAAAGAGCUGGCAGCUGAGUGCCAGGAGGUGAGGAAGAAGAAGGAGCUGGAGCUGCAGAUUCUGACGGAGCCAAUCAGAAACUGGGAGGGGGAGGAUAUCAAAAGUCUGGGCCCAGUGCUCCACAUGUCCCAGGUCAAAGUUCGCACGCAGAAUUGCCAGGAGACAAACGAACGCUUCCUCAUCUUGUUUCCUCACACGCUGCUCAUGCUGUCAGCGAGCCUCAGAAUGAGUGGAUUCAUAUACCAGGGGAAGAUGCCCUUAUCAGGAAUGCUCAUCUCCAGACUCGAAGAUGGAGAAAACUUGAGGAAUGCUUUCGAAAUAUCAGGGAGCCAGUGCGAGCGUGCGCAGAUAUCCUGCAGCAGUCAGCGGGAUCUACAGGACUGGUUGGACCUUCUCACCAAACACACGCACACCGCUCCACCUCAUGUGCACAAGGCCGUUUGCCACACGUUGCCCUCCCACCCUGUCACUCCCUCCAGACACUCGGAGUCCCGCGCGGGGAGCGGAGGGAGCCCUUACCACACUCUGCCUCAUCCCUCCUCGUACGCAGCAAGUCACGGUGGCGGCCCCAUGUGGGGACCCCUGGAGCCACCGAGCACCCCCAAACCCUGGACCCUGAGCUGCCUUCGCCCUGCACCCCCACUGCGACCUUCUGCUGCUCUGUGCUUCAAAGAGGAUGUAAGUAAAAGUCCCAAAAACAAGAGGCCGCUGCUCCCUACGAUAAGAAAACCCGAGAGGAAACCAUCAGAGGAGGAUUUCAAUGCCAGAAAGAGUACUGCAGGUCUGGAGGAGGAUGCUCAGAUUCUGAAAGUCAUCGAAGCCUACUGCACAAGCGCAAAGACUCGCCAGACCCUCAAUUCAACAUGGCAAGGAACUGACCUCAUGCACAACCAUGUGCUGGCUGAGUCCAGCCUCACAGUGGCUGCGCUCCCUAGUAACGUGCCAUCUUCUGACCAAUCAGAAGACUCUGAUUAUGACAGUAUCUGGACUUCUCAGAGUCUCAGGACCGCCUCGUUUUCUCGCUCAAGCAGAAAAGAUGUCCACAUGCUGUUCCCUGAGGAGGAGAAGAUUAUUGUUGAAGAAACGAGGAGCAAUGGACAGACUGUAGUGGAGGAACGGAGCCUGGUGGACACAGUUUAUAGCCUCAGAGAUGAGGUUCAGGAACUCAAACAGGACAACAAGAGAAUAAAGAGGACGCUGGAGGAGGAGCAGCGAGCAAGAAAAGAGCUGGAGAGAAUCGUCAGGAGGGUUCUGAAGAACAUGAACGACCCAACUUGGGACGAGACCAACCUCUGAAACCACUACAGACCUGAAGCGAGGACCAACUCCUGACAUCUAGAUCACCGUGUGAUGAGAGCUGUGCGGACAGAAGCUGCCGGUAGUUUGUGCCACACUUCAACUCGCGUCCAUUUCACUUUAUCCCCUCGAACUACUAACCCAUGUGCCAAACGUGGACCAGGAAACGUGCUGCCAGCAGUCAGCGAAGCCACCGGGACUGAUCAUAGAGCUGUGAAGCCAUAACAGCUGGUAGGCAUCAGGACACCACUUGUUGCCGGCGUUCAUCUUUUCUUCUGGUUUAACUGCUAUUGGACCUACUGCCUCUACUUCCACUGGCUGUGUAACAUUUCACUGGUGACAGGAGAGCAUUUUUAUUUACCUCUGGUGCAAAAAUAUGAGGGGGUUGAAUGUAGAGCGCGCCAUAGAGAAGUUCAACAGUUAAGUCUUAAUU